AUGUUUGAGAGUUCAGUUGAUUCGGAAUUCAAAGGACCCAUCCCACCUCUAUUGAGCAGUAGGGUUGGGUUUCAGGAAGGAGAUCUAUAAUAAUAUAGUUUGAGCAGUUUUCAUCAAUAAAUUCCCAUGUCUUUGGUCAGGCAAAAGACUUUUGGUAUUAAGAAAUCGGAAAAUCAAUCUGUUUAUGAUAACGAAGAAAUUCAAUAUGGAUCUAAGCCUUAAUUUUUGAAAACAAUUAUCGCCAAGAGUUUGCAGAGUAAUUUCAUAAACAAUUUGUGGAAUAGAUCGUAUUUGAGAAAAUUAAAUCAAUUAAGCUUUUUUUAAAUUUAAUAAUUGGACGACCUCCAGAUUGUCAGUGAUGGAAAUGAAUAUAAUAGGGCACCCCAAUUGUGGAUUAUGGUGGAUGUAUUUACACCCUUCAGCAAAUUCAUUGCAUUUUGGGAUGCAUUUUAAAUAAUUACAUAUCUCCUAAUUUUCUUUUGGUUGCCCUACAAAAUAUCAUUCGAUAUUUAUCACAUAAGUGAAUUGUUCUCUGAAACCAAAAAUGCCAUCAUAGAAUACAUGUUGAUGAUUAUUUUGGCCUUGGAUAUCGGAGUGGGCAUGAAUUUAGCUUUUAUUGAAAAAGGACAAUUAAUAAAGGACAGAAAAAGAAUAAUUGUAAACUAUUUCAAUAAGAAUGCAUUUGUCGAUUUAGUAACUAUUUGUAUAUAUUUAUGCGGUUUCCUUUUUCACAGUGACAGUCCAAUUUUUUGUACCAAGUCUGAGUUCCAAAGAUUACACCAUGAUCUUCAUCCAGUCAAUUCUCUGCGUUGUCUUUUAUAUAUUGAGGAUAACCAAAAUAAACAAGAUCUUAGCUCAAAUUUAAGAGUACAUAAUUUGUAUUCUAUUUAGGUUUUUUAAUCUAAGCGGCUACCUGAAUGAUUUAGUUG